CAUUCAAAUAUAGAGAAAGCUAAAGCCAUGCUGCCUGCACUCAUGGGAUUCAACCAAUUACAGUUACAGUAAAAGCCUACUGGUGCCCAAGAUCUUGAAAUGAGUUUGGCCUUGUUUGGGCAUCAACUUCAGUUCGGGCAAAAUCUUGGACACAGAAGAAUAACAUCUUAAAAGGCAGAAGCCCAUCAGCUUAGAAGUGCUUUUUUCUCAUAAUUUUACAAUUCUCAUUCAUUUGUAUGGCAUGAUCAGAUUGGACAGCGGCCUCCUUCAUACUCAUAUCAGGCUCCCAUUUCAGCAAUUCAAUUCCAGACUGACUCAAGUGCUUCAACCAGAGAAAGCUAUGCAAAGGAUUUCACAGAAGUGGAACACCCAUCAGGUUUGCAGAGGAUGCAGAUACACCAAACAUGUCCUGCCAGCCUGAUUACUGUCAAUAAAGAAAGGAAGCUCCCUGCAGAUCCAUUCAGAGGACUUAACAAGCAGCAACAAGUGAACAUUGCACAAACUUCCUCCCUCACAACCAGCAGAGAAGUUGGUAGUCAAGAGCACAGAAGUGAUGCACCUGAACCAGUUGAUAAGACUGCUGCACCAUUGCAGCUCUCAGCUUCACUGGGUUCAUCUUCUUUGGGUGCUGUACAGGCUGGCCAGCAAGAUGAAAGAACACCAGAAACAUCACAGUGUAAAUCUUCAUUGGAGCAUCCUAGAGCAGUUUUAGCAGCAGAUGCAAGUAUUGUGCCUACAAGUUCAGCUACACAUUCCAUGACUUUAAAACUUGACUCUACUUUUCUGACCUCAUCUGCAGCAACUUCAUUUGGGGCAACAGCUAAUGCCAAUAGAACCCUGAAGAGACCUCUUGGCCAGGAGAAACCAAUUCAAGCAUUUUUAACUCCAUUUCCAUCCUCAAGUAAAAGAAUAAAGGUAACUGCAACCUCUCCUACUCCGAUCAUCGAAGAACUCAAUGAUGUUACUGCCAUAAGUGAAAUUAAUUUAAGGGAGGAAGAAGAGCACCUGUUUUCUGGGGAUAAGGAGGAAUGCCAAGCUUCAAAACCAGUACCAAGGGUUAUAGAACAAGAAAAAAGGUUGACUUUGCAGAAAUCAGCUCUUCAGAAAAAACUUGCACAAAUCAUAUCCAAAUGCGGAAUUGGAAGUAUGAGCAAUGACGUGGAGAGUUGCCUGUCAUCGUCUGUGGAAGAAAUAAUGCAAGGAUUGAUAAGAAAUAUGAUCAGAUUGUCCAAACAGAGAGUUGAUUUUGAGAAGACAAGACACCAUGCUAUCAUAACUUCGGAUGUUCAAAAUAAAAUUUUAAUGAUGAAUCUGAAAGUUAAGGAUGAUCUAAAACUACACAAGGCUGAAGGAGGAACGGAGGGUGAUGCUGAUAUAGACAAGGAUGUAGGUUUUCUGAAAACAUCCAAGGCAAAUGAAAUGAAAAGACUAACAGAUAGUAGAGUGCAAAGAAAAGCAGCCAAUGUUGCUGCCAGGGUAGCUGUUGGGGGAGAUGACUUGACAUUAAGAUGGCAAGUUAUGGCUAAGAAGGCCCAGCAGAAGAGUGAUGGGGCAUUUGGCAAAUCAUUUGUUGUUCAGCAAAGCAAGGACAUGAAGCACAUGCGUUCACCAACAUCGGGAAGGAGAGUAGGAGAUAGUCAAGAAUUGCAUGCAAAAGGGACCAAAAGCAGAGUGGGAGAGAACCAAUCUGCGAGACCACAGUCGAAGGUGGUGCGAUCAGUCUCUAUCAAGGACCUGUUAGCAACACUGGAAAGAGAACCGCAAAUGGCAAAAUCAGCUUUAACCCAGCGCUUGCGUGAGAGAAUUCAUUCUGAUGGAACAGCCAACUGAGGUAUUCCACUUUCACCAUGAACUGACGCCCAUUAUCUCUUCCUUCAGGCACCAUCCGAGAAGGAUGGGAUGCAAGUAAGGCUUACUUGGCUUACUUGUCUUAGGUGCUUUAUUUUAGAUUGGUUAGUCUCGAGCAGAAACACCCAAAUACCAGUUGAAUUGGAUGCCCAUUGCAUGAUAGAUUGCUAAUAUUCCAGUUUUGCUUUCUGUCAAUUCCUUUUUUUUUUCUUUUUUUCCCCCGCAAUGCACAGAUUUUAGAGAUUGCACCUUGCUAUAACCUGUCAGUGAAAGCCCUGAACAGAAAAUUUUACAACACAAGUGAAACAAUAUCUGUUAUAAGAUUACAAACCCAGAUUUUUCAAGCUAGCUAUUUUCUUAUUUUGCCAAGUGUUUUAAGUUACUAUAAUUAUCCACAGAGUUAUGAUAUAUAUUGAAACUAAACAUAAGCCUGAGCCUGCUGCAACAAGUAGUACAAAAGAGGAUCGCUGAUUUCUUAGCCUAUUUUUUUCAGCAUCCAAAGUCGUAGGGCACCAGUCCUUGUAGCUCUGGCCCACUGAAUCUGUUGUUUUGGAAACUGAAACAAAACCAGAAGAUAGACAACUUAGUUUGGAUUCUGAAAGAUGACAAAUCAGUAUCUAUUCAGGUAAUCUUAGACAGAUGGAAGUAUGCUAAAAAGUAUUCCGAAUCAUCACAUGCUUAAAUUGCGGACUAUAAAUUUGUUGUCAUCCAAAAUAAUUGUACAAGUGGAAGAAAGUGGCUGUGGAAAACGUUUUUUCCCUGUCAUUUAUUUCAUUAUGGUCAAAAGCUGAAUUUGUCUUCUUUAACGCAAAUGACGGAACAUGGGGAGCAACUUUUCUCUUUUGUCAUGUUGAUCAUGAAGCAAAAUAGUGUGGAAGUGUGGAAAAUCCCAACUAAAAACUACAAAAUAUA